ACGUGGUGACGAAGGCAGUUGCUAUGGAGUUACGCUAAGUAACUCUAAGGUAGUGGAACGACCAGGCUGCAGGGACAGCAACCGCCGGGGGUAUUUCCCUUUUAACAAGGAACAAUCCCUGAUCCCAAAGGAAUGAAUCCCUAAUGGUGGAGUUUCAGGCAUCAGUGACAGGCUGAACCCUGGACUUCCAGGGCCUGUGCUUGCUUGCACCUGACGAAUGAUGGCCUGAACUAUGAGCAGACGAAACUCUCUGAGCUCUUCAGUGCAGGAGCCUCCUCUUGACUACUCUUUCAGAAGCAUCCAUAUCAUCCAAGAUCUGAUAAGUGAGGAGCCAAGGAUCGGGCAACGACCACUGAAGUACUCAAAGUCAGGAAAGUCACUGACCCAAGCCUUGUGGCUGAACAACAAUGUCCUCAAUGACCUGAAAGGCCUCAACCAGGUGGUUUCCCAGCUGUUGGAGCAACCACAGAAUCUGGCCUGGAUCGACCUGUCCUUCAAUGACCUGACUUCCAUUGACCCUGUGCUAACAACAUUCUUCAACCUGAGUGUCCUCUAUCUUCAUGGCAACGGCAUCCAGCGCCUGGGGGAGGUGAAUAAGUUAGCUGUGCUCCCUCGGCUCCGGAGCCUCACCCUCCAUGGCAACCCCAUGGAGGAAGAGAAGGGGUAUAGGCAGUAUGUGCUGUGCACCCUGCCCCGUAUCACCACGCUCGACUUCAGUGGAGUCACCAAAGCAGAUCGUACCACAGCUGAAGUCUGGAAACGCAUGAACAUCAAGCCCAAGAAGGCUCGGAUCAAGCAGGAUACACUGUGAGAGCCCCAGGACACCAGCAGUCAGAAAGUCACCAUGACUUGACAA